AUGGGCCGCCCGGGAGGCCGUUUCGCGCCACGUGGUCCGCCACGUGGUGGUCCGUCGCUGCCCUUCUCCUUGCAGCAGCAGCUUCAAGAGCCCGACGAUGACGAUGAUGACGUGGCGCUUUCUGACGACGAGGGCAGGGUUUCGGGUUUACCGCGCAAGAAGGGUUUAUCGCGGAAAGAGCAGCGGCGGCAGCAGCGGCAGGAGAAGCAGCAGAAGCGACAGGAAUGGGCGCAGCAGCGCGUGGGGGGACGGAAGGCGGGGAGCGCAGGGGCAAACGCGGGGGGCGCGGAAGCAGGCACGGGGGGCGGGAAGGGAGCAGGUGGAGCAACGGGAGGGGGUCAGGCGCAGGCGAAGGGGGAGGGCCAUGGCGGGGGGAAGGUUCAAGCGGGGGAGGCAGGUGCCCGGGGGAGAGAUGAUCAGGGGAAGGGGGCGGGGGGAAAGCAGGGUUUAACGAAAGAGGUUGGUCGGAUGGGACAAAGCGGCACUGUAGCAGCGGGAAAGAGCGGAACUGCUGCUGUUGGCGGAAAGAGGAAAGCGGCGGAGGUGGCAAGUGGCGGGGGGAAAGAGAUGGUGGGGGGUGCUGUGGGGAAGGGCACGGGGACAGGAGCGCGAGAGGCGGCGAGGGGUGGAAAGAAAGAGAAGGUGCAAGCAGGGACGAAAGAAGAUAAGAGAGAAGGGAAGAAAGUAGGAAAGAAGGAGGGGAAGAGAGAGGGGAAGAGUGGGGAGGAGAGGGAGGGGAAGAGGAGGAGGAUGACCAACUUUGAGAGGUUGUUAGAGAUGGAAGAGAAUGGAGGGAUGACUGUGAGAGAGGAGGAGGAGGAGGAGGAGAGGGUGCUCGCGAAGAAGCUGAAUGUGAAGGGCGGGGUUUUGCCAGGGUCUAAGGACGGUUUGGAAGGGUUUUUGGGGUUUGGGGGGAGUGAUGAGGAGGAUGAGUGGGGUGGGAUGGAAGGAGGUUUAGGGGAUUCGGAAGAUGAGGAGGAGGAUGAGGAAGAGGAGGAUUUGGAAGGGUUUAGUGAGGAAGAUUAUAGUGAGGAUGGGAUGGUGGAUGGAGAGGAGGAGAGCGAGGAAGGAGAGGAAGCGGAAGCAGGGGAGGAGGGAGAGGAGGGAGAGGAGGGAGAGGAAGGGGAGGAAGAAGAGGAGGCAGAGGAGGGGGAGGAGGGAGAGUUGGAAGAGGAGGAAGAGGGAUCACUGGGUUCUUUUGAGGGUGAUGGGGAAUGGUCAGAUGAUGAUAGUGAGGAGGGAGAGGAGGGGGAGGAGGGGGAUGAAGAAGAGGAGGAAGAGGAAGGGGAGGAGUGGGAGGACGAUGAGGAAGAGGUGGGUGGAGUGGCAACAGCGGAAGGAGCAAAGCCCAUGAGUGCGCUGGCGAUUAAAGAAGUAGGAGAAGGGGGAAAGUAUGUGCCGCCUCAUUUGAGACGAGCGGCGGCAGGAGGAGCAGGGGACGAGGAUGAUGCUGCUGAGCGGCAGCGGGUGAUCCGACGGCUGAAAGGUGAGCGUGGCAUGAUCCGAAGGCUGGGAGGAGGUGUCAGAAGGAAGUACAGCAGACUAGCAGGAGGAGGAAAGGAGGAGGAAAGGAGGAGGAAAGGAGGAGGAAAGGAGGAGGAACGGAGGAGGAACGGAGGAGGAACGGAGGAGGAAAGGAGGAGGAACGGAGGAGGAAAGGAGGAGGAACGGAGGAGGAACGGAGGAGGAACGGAGGAGGAACGGAGGAGGAAAGGAGGAGGACGAUAUUGA